CCUUUAAUCAAUUGUGUUCCUUGACAAGCCUUCUGAGUCAUCGGAGGGAGCCGAGGGUGUGACUCGUGUGUGGGAACAGACCAAUGGGCGGCCGGUAGCCCCUGAUAUAAAUAAGGCAUAGAAAUAUUCUUGAGGGUAGACAGUUGUUCACUUGCGCGCCCGCUCCAGGAGGAUUUUUUUUAUUGACGCGCGUCCAGGAUUCCAGUCCACCUGCACCGGUGAGAUCAGAUAAUAAAAAUAAUAUUAAAAAAAAUAAAAAAAACCGGGUGAGUGAUGGCCGCGUCAGAACCGAGAGCCACCGGCGGGGACCUGCAGGACCCCAACACCGCCAACCUGAGACCCUCAUCCACAACCAACGAGUAUGCGUGGGUGCAUGGAUGCACACGGAAACUGGGCAUGAAGAUUUGUGGGUUCCUGCAGAAGAACAACAGCCUGGAGGAGAAGGGGAGGCUGGGCCAGAAGAACCUGCUGUCCUGCGACAACAGUGACCGGGACGCCCGGUUCCGACGCACCGAGACCGACUUUUCCAACCUGUUCGCCCGAGAUUUGCUGCCCGCCAAAAACGGAGAAGAGCCGACCAUGCAGUUUUUGCUGGAGGUGGUCGACAUCCUCACCAACUACGUGAAGAAGACCUUCGACCGCUCCACCAAGGUGCUGGACUUCCACCACCCUCACCAGCUCCUGGAGGGCAUGGAGGGCUUCAACCUGGAGCUGUCCGACCAGCCCGAGUCCCUGGAGCAGAUCCUGGUGGACUGCAGGGACACGCUCAAAUACGGCGUCCGUACGGGUCACCCCCGCUUCUUCAACCAGUUGUCCUCAGGCCUGGACAUCAUCGGCCUUGCCGGGGAGUGGCUCACCUCCACCGCCAACACCAACAUGUUCACCUACGAGAUCGCGCCAGUGUUUGUUCUGAUGGAGCAGCUGACCCUGAAGAAGAUGAGAGAGAUGAUCGGCUGGUCCGGCGGAGAGGGAGACGGCCUUUUCUCACCAGGGGGCGCCAUUUCCAACAUGUACAGUGUGAUGAUCGCACGUUACAAGUACUUCCCGGAGGUCAAAACCAAGGGCAUGUCGGUGGCUCCUCGCCUGGUUCUCUUCACGUCCGAACAUAGCCACUACUCCAUAAAGAAGGCCGGGGCUGCCCUGGGUUUUGGCACUGAGAACGUUAUUCUGUUGAGCACGGACGAAAGGGGGAGGGUCAUUCCCGCCGAUCUGGAGGCCAAGAUUAUUGACGCCAAACAGAAGGGUUACGUGCCGAUGUUCGUCAACGCCACGGCCGGCUCCACCGUCUACGGAGCCUUUGACCCCAUCAAUGAGAUCGCUGACAUCUGCGAGAAGUACAACCUGUGGCUGCACGUGGAUGGAGCGUGGGGCGGCGGGCUGCUGAUGUCCAGGAAGCACCGCCACAAGCUCAGCGGAAUCGAGAGGGCCAACUCCGUCACAUGGAACCCACACAAGAUGAUGGGUGUGCCUCUGCAGUGUUCGGCCAUCCUGGUCAGAGAGAAGGGACUGAUGGGAGGGUGCAACUCCAUGUGUGCCGGUUAUUUGUUCCAACCGGACAAGCAGUACGACGUCACGUACGACACCGGAGACCAAGCCAUCCAGUGCGGUCGCCAUGUCGACAUAUUCAAGUUCUGGCUCAUGUGGAAGGCCAAGGGCACCAUCGGGUUCGAGCAGCACAUCGACAGAUGCUUGGAUCUGUCCCAGUACCUGUACAACAAGAUCAAGAACAGAGAGGGCUACCAGAUGGUGUUUGAUGGAGUGCCCCAACACACCAACGUCUGCUUCUGGUACAUUCCACCCAGCCUCAGGGGUAUGCCGGAGAGCGAGGAGAGGCGAGAAAAGCUCCACAGGGUCGCACCAAAGAUUAAGGCCCUGAUGAUGGAGUCGGGGACCACCAUGGUGGGCUACCAGCCUCAGGGUAAUAAGGUCAACUUCUUCCGCAUGGUGGUCUCCAACCACGCGGCCACACAGUCCGACAUCGACUUCCUCAUCGAGGAGCUCGAGAGGCUGGGUCAGGACCUGUAGACCGCCUGGCGCCAUGUGUCGCCUUUCUACGGCGCGGCUUUCGGACUGCUCCCCACCUGAAAAGAACUCAACGGCAAGACUGCGACCCCCCCAACCCCCGCACCCCCCAUUUGUCCUCCUCCAGGUGUAACCCGCAUAGUUCCAGGUAACCGAUGGACGUGUGCCGGGUAUUCCUUGUACUUGCGUGUGUUCAAUCGUGUGUCGUUCGAUGUAGAUUGUGGUUCGAUAUGCAGAAAAAAAAGCACAGAUCUCACAAAGUAUCAUAAGAGGAUUUUUCAAACCACGUGUACAUAGUGUUUAGUAUGAUAUUUAUCGAAGAUUAUAAUGAACAUAGGCGGUCUUCGUUUUGUACGACGAUCCGAAACUCAUUGUCUUUGAGCAUUUAAAGGAUCUGCUCCUACGGUCAUCAGUAAGCGGUGUAGUGGUCUCGUUAUUGAGACGGAAGGGUUGCCAGAGGUUCGGUUGCAAGACCAGUAUCGAACCUGUGAGCCUUAUGUGGAUUUAGGAGAAGGCUAAAUGUUUGAAACCUUAAAAGAAAGUGACCUAUUUAAGGCCGAUAAUAAUGAGGGGUGUCCCAAUCCGAUCCGUGUGAUAUCAGCAAAACAAGUAUCAAAAUGUUGUGCAAAGCUGGACAGUAGUGAUGUGCGGAUCGAUACUGAAACGUCGAUACCAGUUCCGUAUGCUUUAAUACUGAUUCUUAAAUCAAACUAUCGAUUAUUUUAACCAGGGGUCCCCAAACUACGGCCCGCAGGCCGGAUCCGGCCCCCCAGCAUCCAAAAUCCGGCCCACAGGAAGUCCCAAGUUAAAAAAAUUUUUUUAAAAAAAACCUUUUUUUUUUUUUUUUUUUUAAAUCUUUCCUUCCUAAUCCAUUUUCUACCGCUUGUUACUCUUAAAGUCUCCUAGUCGCUCAGGCAAAUCAUAUUGUCUAAAAAUGAAUUUUCCCAUCGAUAACGUGACAAUGUUAAAUGUUGAUGAACAUCAAUGUUAAUUGAUGUUAAAUGACAAAACGGAUUAUAAAGACAAUGUGUAUAUAUAUAUAUAUAUAUAUAUAUAUAUAUAUAUAUAUAUAUAUAUAUAUAUAUAUAUAUAUAUAUAUAUAUAUAUAUAUAUAGCCUGGCCCCCGGCCAAAUUUUUUUAACCCAAUGCGGCCCCCGAGUCAAAAAGUUUGGGGACCCCUGAUUUUAACGCUUUUGUUGUUUGAGAUAAUAUACAUAUAGGCCAAAAGUUUGGACACACCUCAAUGUGUUUUCUUUAUUUCCAUGACUAUUUACAUUGUAGAUUGUCCCUGAAGGCAUCAAAACUAUGAACGAACACAUGUGGAGUUAUGUACUUAACAAAAAAAGGUGAAAUAACUGAAAACAUGUUUUAUAUUCUAGUUCCUUCAAAACAGCCACCCUAUUGCUCCGAUUACUGCCUUGCACACUCUUGGCAUUCUCUCCAUGAGCUUCAAGCACACCUGUGAAGUGAAAAACCAUUUCAGGUGACUAUAGCUCUUGAAGCUCAUCCAGAGAAUGCCAAGAGUGUGCAAAGCAGUAAUCAAUCUGAAAAUAAAGAAAACCCCAUUGAAUGAGAAGGUGUCCAAACUUUUGGCCUGUACUGUAUAUCAGUGGUCCCCAACCACCGGGCCGCGGCCCGGUACCAAUCGGUCCGCACAAGAAAUUAAAAAAAAAAAAAAAAAAAAAAAUUUUUUUUUUUUUUUUUUUUUUUUUAAAAUUAAAUCAACAUAAAAAACACAAUAUAUACAUUAUAUAUCAAUAUAAAUCAAUACAGUCUGCAGGGAUGCAGUCCGUAAGCACACAUUAUUGUAUUUCUUUAUGACCAAAAAAAAAUAAAAAUAAAAAAAAUAAAAAUUUGUCCAUGGGACAAAUUUUCAAGCGUUGAACCAAGUACAAAAAGGUUGGGGACCACUGCUGUAUAUCAUCAUCAGGAUCACAGCGUAAAGCAGUCCUUCUCAAAUAGUGGGGCGGGCCCCACUAUUUGGGCCACAUUCACCCAGUCACACACUCACACGUUCACACACUGAUGGCGGCCCUAAGCGCGACCCAUCGGGAGCGAAGGGUGAAGUGUCUCGCUCAAUGUGACCGACGUGACUACCAACCGAGCCACGCCGUCCCCAGAAGCCUAUUAGAAAGUAUCCAGUAACAAGCGUGUCCGCAUCAUUGAACUUCUUGGCGGCGCUGGCUUAAUGUAUAAUUUUAGUGUUUUUAAUACCUUCGCCUUCUAUAACAUUUCCCAGUACAAAAUAAUAAUGUUGAUUUCCUAUCAGAAUAAUAUCGAUAUCGGCCAAUACGGUAAUGAAAAAGUUGUAUCGGGACACCCCUAAUAAUAAUGAUAAUAAUAAUAACAACAACAAUAACAAUAUCAAUUAACAUGAAUAUUAUUAUUUUGAUUAAAUUAUGCAUUGUUAUUAUUACUUAUUAUUAUAAUUACAUAUUAUUAUUAUUAUUAUUAUCACUAUAAUAAUAGUAAAGGGUGGUUUAAAUGGCGGUAGAUGGUAGCAGCAAGUGAGAUUAUAAUAAGGGAUAAAAAUAAGGAUUUUUUAAAAAUUAAUGUUGUAUUUAAUUCCUGUAUUUAGUGUUUCUAUUGCCGUAUUUUAUGUCCUCGGGUCGUCGUGGGAACGUCGGAAACCCGAGGACCACUUGUACAUGAGGUACUAAAACGGAUAGAGAAAGGAACCUGUGUCACAAUGUCUGUGAUCACGUCUGCAUUUUUAAAAUGCUGGCUCGUUGUCUGUUUCAUAUGCAAUCUUGUGAUAAAUGUGUUAUAAAUAAUAUUUAUGAUAAUAUAUAUAUAUAUACAUACAUAUAUAAAAAGGCAUUUCCAUUGUACACUGAUUCAGGUAUUGAAACGUAAAUGUAUCCUCAUGUGUAGUUCAUGGUGAUGAUUUGUAUUAUGUAAAUCACAGGACAUCUCCACAUAUAGUGACCUUUGUCAGCCAAAGAAAGAGAAUAGAGGCAGAAAUAGUGCGAGUCGUUAUUCCCCCACGUAUAACUUAUUAGAUGUUUGUAACCGUUGGACCCCGUAACGGCGAUGCAAUUUUUCAUGUGCGCUUCUUUCCGUCGUUUGUUGAGUCUUUGAAUGUCCGAGGGGGACUGACGGGAUGGAGAAAAAGACGUCUUUACGUUCCUCCGGCUGGUGUUUUUAUCCCAGGGAGGAGAAGUAGGUGCGAAAUUGUGUAUCCCUGAAAUAUUCGGUAUCCCCUACCGUGGGCGCGCUUGGGGGCGGAGCUCUGUGCUUUGUUCAGAGAGCGGCAGCCCUUCCGUGUUAUUUGCGAUGUCAAUGAAUAUAAAUAUAAGUCUAGAAUAAAACACAUAUUGUUAGUACAUCAAUUGAGGAAAAUAGAGGGGGGACACAUUUCAUGGCAGCACAGAAAUAUGCUCAAAAUUAUGUAUCCCCUUCUAACUUUUUUUGUAAUUAAUAAUAUGAGUCCAAAUUCACAGGUUUUGUUGUUGAAAAUGCUUAGUAUGUACAUAAUAAACCACAUAAAGUUACUACAUCAUUUGAGGGAAAUAGAAAGGGAACACAUUUAAUGGCAGCACAGAAAUAUGCUAAAAUAUUAAGUAUCCCUUACUAACUUAUUUUGUAAUUAAUAAAAUGAGUCCAGAUGUACACAUUUAGCUGUAAAUGAUACUAAAAGUGUAGAUAAUAAACCACAUGAAGUUACUACAUCAUUUGAGGGAAAUAGAAGGGGGACACAUUUUAUGGCAGCAUGGAAAUAUGCUGAAAUAUUAUGUAUCCCCUUCUAACUUUUUUUGUAAUUAAUUAUAUGAGUCCAAAUUCACAGGUUUUGUUGUUGAAAAUGCUUAGUAUGUACAUAAUAAACCACAUAAAGUUACUACAUCAUUUGAGGGAAAUAGAAAGGGGACACAUUUAAUGGCAGCACAGAAAUAUGCUAAAAUAUUAAGUAUCCCUUACUAACUUAUUUUGUAAUUAAUAAAAUGAGUCCAAAUGUACACAUUUAGCUGUAAAUGAUACUAAAAGUGUAGAUAAUAAACCACAUGAAGUUACUACAUCAUUUGAGGGAAAUAGAAGGGGGACACAUUUUAUGGCAGCACGGAAAUAUGCUGAAAUAUUAUGUAUCCCCAACUAACUUUUUUUGUAAUUAAUAAAAUGAGUCCAAAUGUACACAUUUAGCUGUAAAUGAUACUAAAAGUGUACAUAAUAAACCACAUGAAGUUACUACAUAAUUUGAAGGAAAUAGAAGGGGGGCACAUAUAAUGGCAGCACAGAGAUAUGCUAAAAUAUUAAGUAUCCCCUACUAACUUUUUUUGUAAUUAAUAAAAUGAGUCCAAAGGUACACAUUUAUCUGUAAAUUAUACUAAAAGUGUACAUAAUAAACCACAUGAAGUUACUACAUAAUUUGAGGGAAAUAGAAGGGGGACACAUUUUAUGGCAGCACGGAAAUAUGCUAAAGUAUUAUGUAUCCCCAACUAACUUUUUUUGUAAUUAAUAAAAUGAGUCCAAAUGUACACAUUUCGCUUUAAAUGCACUAAAAGUGUACAUAAUAAACCACAUGAAGUUACUACAUCAUUUGAGGGAAAUAGAAGGGGGGCACAUUUUAUGAGAGCACAGAAAUAUGCUAAACUAUUAUGUAUCCCCUACUAACUUUUUCUGUAAUUAAUAAAAUGAGUCCAAAUGUACACAUUUAGCUGUAAAUGAUACUAAAAGUGUACAUAAUAAACCACAUGAAGUUAGUACAUCAAUUGAGGAAAAUUGAGGGGGGACACAUUUAAUGGCAGCACAGAAAUAUGCUUAAAAAAUUAAGUAUCCCCUAAUAACUUUUUUUGUAAUUAAUAAAAUGAGUCCAAAUGUACACAUUUAUCUGUAAAUGAUACUAAAAGUGUAAAUAAUAAACCACAUGAAGUUACUACAUCAUUUGAGGGAAAUAGAAAGGGGACACAUUUUAUGGCAGCACAGAAAUAUGCUAAAAUAUUAUGUAUCCCCUACUAACUUUUUUUGUAAUUAAUAAAAUGAGUCCAAAUUCACAAGUUUUGUGGUUGAAAAUGCUUAGUAUGUACAUAAUAAACCACAUGAAGUUACUACAUCAUUUGAGGGCAAUAGAAGGGGGACACAUUUUAUGGCAGCACAGAAACAUGCUUAAAUAUUAUGUAUCCCCUACUAACUUUUUUUGUAAUUGAUAAAAUGAGUCCAAAUGUACACAUUCAUCUGUAAAUGAUACUAAAAGUGUACAUAAUAAACCAUGUGAAGUUACUACAUCAUUUGAGGGCAAUAGAAGGGGGACACAUUUUAUGGCAGCACAGAAACAUGCUUAAAUAUUAUGUAUCCCCUACUAACUUUUUUUGUAAUUGAUAAAAUGAGUCCAAAUGUACACAUUCAUCUGUAAAUGAUACUAAAAGUGUACAUAAUAAACCAUGUGAAGUUACUACAUCAUUUGAGGGCAAUAGAAGGGGGACACAUUUUAUGGCAGCACAGAAACAUGCUUAAAUAUUAUGUAUCCCCUACUAACUUGUUUUGUAAUUGAUAAAAUGAGUCCAAAUGUACACAUUCAUCUGUAAAUGAUACUAAAAGUGUACAUAAUAAACCAUGUGAAGUUACUACAUCAUUUGAGGGCAAUAGAAGGGGGACACAUUUUAUGGCAGCACAGAAACAUGCUUAAAUAUUAUGUAUCUCCUACUAACUUUUUUUGUAAUUGAUAAAAUGAGUCCAAAUGUACACAUUUAGCUGUAAAUGAUACUAAAAGUGUAGAUAAUAAACCACAUGAAGUUACUACAUAAUUUGAGGGAAAUAGAAGGGGGACACAUUUAAUGGCAGCACAGAAAUAUGCUAAAAUAUUAUGUAUCCCCUACCAACUUUUUUUGUAAUUAAUCAAAUGAGUCCAAAUGUAUACAUUUAGCUGUAAAUGAUACUAAAAGUGUAGAUAAUAAACCACAUGAAGUGACUACGUAAUUUGAGGGAAAUAGAAAGGGGACACAUUUAAUGGCAGCACAGAAAUAUGCUAAAAUAUUAUGUAUCUCCUACUAACUUUUUUUGUAAUUGAUAAAAUUAGUCCAAAUGUACACAUUUAGCUGUAAAUGAUAAUAAAAGUGUACAUAAUAAACCAUAUGAAGUUACUACAUAAUUUGAAAGAAAUGGAAGGGGGACACAUUUUAUGGCAGCACAGAAAUAUGCUAAAAUAUUAUGUAUCCCCUACUAACUUUUUUUGUAAUUAAUAAAAUGAGUCCAAAUUCACAAGUUUUGUUGUUGAAAAUGCUUAGUAUGUACAUAGUAAACCACAUGAAGUUACUACAUCACUUGAAGGAAAUAGAAGGGGGACACAUUUUAUGGCAGCACAGAAAUAUGCUGCCAUAAAUUGUGUCCCCCUUCUAUUUUCCUCAUAUUAUGUAGGAAAUUCAUGUGGUUUAUUAUGUACACUUUUAGUAUAAUUUACAGCUAAAUGUGUACAUUUGGACUCAUUUUAUUAAUUACAAAAAAAAAGUCAGUAGGGGAUACACAAUAUUUCAACAUAUUUCCGUGCUGCCAUGAAAUGUGUCCCCCUUUCUCAUUUCCAAUCCAUCAAGAUAAAGAAAUAACAUCAAAUUAAAAGAUGUUAUUUAUGUAUUUUUCUCGACUUGUGCACUAACAUCAUGUUGUUUAUUUAUUUUUUUACAUAUGUAGCAUCAUCUGCAAAGAUACAAAGAAUUGCUAUUGCGACAUCUAGUGGACACAUUUAGAACAGCAGUUUCUUUCAUUCCAAAAUUUCGGCUCAUUUUUAUACUUAGCAAACUCGGAUACAAGUACACCACGUGACAUACGGAUGAUCAAAAGCAUUUUUUCGGGUAGGAACGUCGCACAUUACACCAACAACAUUUUUGACAAUCAAAGAAUGAUGGUAAUAAUCCACAUUUUGUAUCAUCGACGUCGCUAAUAACACGGAAGUGCUGCCGCGGUCUGAACAAGGCACAGAUUAAAAAUAUUUCAGGGAUACAGAAAUUCCGCACGACGCCGGGAUGUGAGAAUGUACUCUCUUGUCGGAAUUCUAAUGCAUUUACUGUAAUAUACUAUAUUUAUUGUACUGUAGUCGCUGUAUUCCCCGUAUGACGGGAGUGAAGUGGAAUAUCUUGUUUAAGGAGUUCCUCUCGUCUGUGUCUUUGCACUAUGUUCACCUUUCUUCCAUUUGUAAAUGGACGUGUGUAAUUGCAGUAUUCUACAGAGUUGGAGAACGGUCACCGUCGUGUAAAUGGUGCAUAAAUCGUAUUUAAAGUAGUUUGCUGCGAGUGACUCCUGUACGUGGGGUUUCGGCCAUGCUGUGGAGGAAUGUUACACGGGAGAUACUAAGGAGGCACUUUAACAAAGAUCACACAAUCUCUAAUGUUUAAUAAAGUCUAUUAAUAUUAA